AAUGAAUCCCAUUCGUGUCUAUCCACUCAAAUUUAAUAACCAAGAUUCUCUUGCCAUUUCUCCUGGUCUCAAAAAGAAGUAACAACCUUCUGAACGUACUCAUACUUUACAAAUAAAGUAAGAGAUGGUUGUAUUUUAGUCCAUAAUAAACACCUUAACAAAGCAGAAGUAAUCAAAAAAGACAUCCAACCAAUGGGUUGACUUCUUAAGAAGAGAAAAUAAAGCUUGUAUAUAUAUAAAAUGCAUAUGUUCUAUUAGGUUACUUAAAAGAAAUUAUAAUUGCUAUAGCCAUCCAGUUAUUCACCUAAAAAGAGAGUAAUUAGUAGUAAUAAUGAUAAACCUGAACUUUCUAAAUUCUCUUAUCAAUCAACAGAAGUAUUAAUGAAAUUUUAAUGCAAGCCUUAGUCUCCAACCAAAUUACCAAAUUUAAAAAGAAGCGAAUCAUCUACAACUACAUAAGAAAUUUUAGCUAAAAUUGACUUGAGUUUGGCUUAAAAGAGAAGCAAACGUACUGAUACAAGUAAUGCCGACAAUACACCUCAAGUAUGAAUGAUUGUUUAAGUGUUUAGAACAAGACAUCAUUUCUUAAAAUGUAUUAAGAUACAUCUCCUAAAAUUCGUUAAAUUUAAAGCAGAGUUAGUUCUUAAGCUAUAGAACAAGAUAUAAAAAUCAAGCCAAGAAUGCCUUCUUAAGUAAUAAUGUUACAUGGAAGAUCAACAAGUCAAGCAGCAUUAGUAAAUUCUAAUCCUACAGAGAAUGAGGAAUAGUAAGAUUAUGUUUAACUAUUUUUAUCUAAGUAAAAAUGUUAUAAUAAUAAAUAAUAGAUCUCAAGCAGGUCAAAAUGGGAAUAAGUAAACUAAAACAAAUUAAGAUUCAGUAAUAAUCUCGAAUAAUUUUUGUGGAAUGAAAAAUAGGUAAUGAUAUAUUAUUUCUUUUUUUAAAGAUAUUUAUUUUCGGUAUGUGAUGGACAUGGUGUAUAUGGACAUUAUGUUUCGUAAUUAAUAAAAAGAGUAUUGCCAACUAUAAUUGAAGCAUAAUUAAAAACUUUUAUUGGAAAAUAAGAAAUAGAUAUUGGUGAAGAAUAUUACACUGAAGUUGUAAAAUGUUUUAAUAGUAGUUUUUAAAAGAUGACCAAAGAUUUAGUAAUUUAUUUUUAAUUAUUAUUUAAAGUAAAAUUGUGGAAUUGAUAUCACUUUUAGUGGUAGUACUUGUUCUACUGUAUUUGUUUCUGGUAAUAAUUUAUGGUGCUCGAAUAUUGGAGAUUCAAGAUCUGUAUUUAUAUUAAUUUUAUAUAAGAUAUUUAUAGAAUAACAUAGAGAAUCUAAUAAAUGGAAAAUUGUGGAAUUGAGUAAUGAUCAUAAACCUGAUUUACCUACAGAAAAGAAAAGAAUCUUAGCAAGCAAAGGUAGAGUAUAACCAUUUGUAACUGAAAAUGGAUAAAAUAUUGGUCCUGCUAGAGUAUGGCUUUUACAUGAACAAAUACCUGGAUUAGCUAUGAGUAGAUCAUUUGGAGAUUAUGUUGCUUCUACUGUUGGUGUUAUUUCUGAACCAGAAGUUAUUUAUCAUAAAUUAAAUUAAAAAUGUGGAUUUUUAGUUGUUGCUAGUGAUGGUGUUUGGGAAUUCUUGAGUAAUGAAGAAAUUCAAUAAAUUAUUUGCAGUUAUUGGAGUCCAUAAAUGAAUGCUAAGAAAAUAGAUGAGAUGGUUGACAAUAUAGUUAGAGAGUCAACUAAGAGAUGGUAAGAGGAAGAUGAAGUAAUUGAUGAUAUUUCUAUCAUUAUUGCAUAUCUCUCAUGA